AUGGCUUUUUCUGAUAUUUUUUACCUUGUCUUUAAUUCAUUCCAAAAAGUUUUCUUUCAUAUAAAACAUUCUUUAGGAUAUAUUCAUGAAGCCAGUUCGUAUCCGCUCCGGUCGUUAUUUGAGGUAUAUCCUAACUUGACGUCAAUAUCAUUGUUGCUUUUGACACUUUAUGUUUCUUUAUAUGUCUUAGGACGAACAUUCCGAGGUUUUAAAGCGUUUCUUCGUAUUUUUUUCCUUGUAACAAUUAUAUCAUGUAUCAUUUAUACUUGGAAAAAUGGAAUUGAUGCAGCACAAGCCAAAGUUGAGAAUGCAAAAAAACGUAUCAGAGAGCUGGUAUUUUUGUUAAUUAACAAGAAGCAUUCAGGUAGACGUUAA